AUGUUCUGCUAUUGCUGCCUACCUCUCUCCUCCCUGGCAAGCCCUUUGCCAUUGAAGGAAGCAACAGCUCUUUCUAAUCACUCCUGCACACUCAGCAAAAACAACUUCCAAAGAACCUACAUCAUGAACCGCACAAAGACCUUGGCCAAACAGGCAAGGCUGUUUGAUAAGGAUACAGAUAACAGAUUCAUCGGGGAGCAUCUAUACAUCAAUAUAAACAAGAAUGAUCGCUGCUACCUAAUGAAGCGAGUAACAGAUAUUGUGGUGACAAAUGCCCUCUCUGAGCUAAAAAACCAAUCUGCCAGUGUCCAGGAUGUGACAAAUUUCUUGGUCCAUUUGAAUGUGGAACUACGCCACUGUAAACCACUGGGACAUACAGAACACAUUGAAAGCAACCUGAAAAAAAUGAAAGACAAAUUGAACCAGUUGGGGGAGAACGGAAAGAACAAAGCAGUUGGUGAGCUCGAUUUGCUGUUUGACUACCUGGAAAAUGCGUGCACCAAAACACUCAAGAAACCACACAACAGGGAGAGGGGCCACAAGAAGCAGUGA